AUGUCUCGACCUCGCUACACAAGGCCUUCCAGAUUAGGCAGGAAGGAAGAGCUAAGCAAAAAGAAACUCGAUCCCUUGAAGAGGACCUCCAAGCCAACCAACAAACACGUGGCCUCAGUUAAAAAUGGGAACCCUGGAAAAUCAAAGCUCCUUGUUCAGGAAAGAGAUGUUAAGAAAAGAACAGAAGCCCAGCCCCCCAUGCCAGCCACAAGCCUUCUGACAAGAGCUGGGGCAGCGAGAAUGAAUUUAGAAAGGAGUGAGGCUCUUCAGAACCCAGAGUCCUUGACUUCCAUCGGGUUUACCAUGGCCCUCCGGAGCACGUCUCUUAGCAGACGACUCUCCCAGCCCCCGGAGGUCAUAGCCAAACCUAAGAAAGCACCACCCUGUAAGAAUUUAGAGAAACGUGAAGGUGAGCACCAUGCAUUUGCUGAUGUGGGUGGAAGACACCCAAAAAGCCAACCAAACCUGACACAAGAACCCCCAGCCCCGCCUGACACAGAACAUCUGAUGGAUGUGCAAGAUGCCUCUUUUGGUCAAGAUGAGAGCCAAAAUGCAGCCCAGCUUCGGUCUGAAAGGGUUGAAGAUGCCAAAGUAACUACCUCUACUCACAGUGACCCUGCGGCAGACAUCCAGUCCAGGCCAUUGGCAGCGACACGUGGCAGAGGGCUUGUUUCUGGAGCAACGUUAGAUGAUGUCAAAGAUUAUGCUAGAAUAUUUGCUCAGAACUCUGAGUGUUCUCCUUUGCCUCAAAGCACAAUCUCCAAAGAUACCUCUCUAGAAAAGCCCAAUGCUCAGUUAGCAGAUUUGGGUACACAAGAAGAGUCUCUUGAGCUAGCUCCUCCUUACUCGGAUCCCAUCAGAAGUGAACACGAUUGUUGUCCUACCGACAGCUUUAACAGGGUUAUGCCAGACUUGGACCUUAGAAACGGUUUGCCUUUUGGUGGGUCUGUGUAUCCUACCUCUUUAAUAAAAUUCCUCUUGGCAGGCUCUGAACAAGAAACCCUUGAUGCUAACUCAGAUCUUCAGGAGGCCCUCAAAGCUCCCUUAGAUCAACAAGAAGUUUCUGGUACUAUGGAAGACCAAGAAAAUAUUCCUGAUGCCAGUCCUGUCCUAAGAGAUGCCUUUAAUGCUGCCCCACCUCAGUGGGAUGUCCCUAGUGCUAAUCCAGACCAUGGGGAGGUGCUCCAGGAGACCUUAAACUCACCAGAGGUUCCUGGUGCUUCUAUAGUCCAAGGAGAAGUGUUGGGUGCCAUGCUAGACCAACAACAAAGCCUUCCUGUGAGUGGUGGUGCUGCUUUCCCAAACCUGCCUGUCUUCCUUGCUCCUCCAGACCCCGCUGCCACAUACCAAAUUCCCCAAGAGUGGCUUCAGCCCCAGACCACUGUGACAUAUGGGAUUGAGGCCCACCGUGCUUUGCAGAUUCUGCCUUUGGACCACUCUAGUCAUGCUCCUCAGUCAUCAUACUCAGAGAAAAGUCCAGCACCUUCAGCAAUAGCAAUAGGCAAUAAGGGAGGUGAGGAGCAGAUUCACAGCAGCUUUCAAACAGUUUACACUCCGAAGUUAACAUCAGUCCCCCAGAUAGGACAAUACCAGCCUUCAAUGAGCGUUGCCCAGUCCUCCCAGCUUGGGCCCAGCCGUACAGCAGAAGAGAGUUCCCAGGUCCACGGAGUCAGCACAGUUCACAACCCCACGCUGGCAUCUGCGUCACUGUCAGUUGCCAAUACCUCUUCGACCCACACAACUUUGCUACCUACUUUGGAAAAGAAAAAACGAAAGCGAUGUGGAGUAUGUGAGCCCUGUCAGCAGAAAAUUAACUGUGGUGAAUGUACUUACUGUCGGAAUAGAAAAAACAGCCAUCAGAUCUGUAAGAAGAGGAAAUGCGAGGUACUGAAAAAGAGACCAUCAGCCAAGCAACGAUCUGUUCAUUCCGUGGUUAUAAAGGAAAACAAGAGGCCCCCGAGAGAAAAGAAGCCCAAAGUUUCAAAGGGAAAUCUUGACAACAAACCAGUAAAUGGCCUCCAGUCAGAAUCCAUGGAAUACAGUAACUAUGGUCAUGAGAGAGAACAGAGAUUGGAAUUGAACCUGCAACCCCUUGAAAAUGUUACUGGAAAUGUAGAAAGCAUGACAGGUAUUGAAGUAGAGAAGUGGAUUCAGAAUAAGAAGUCACAUGUAACUGAUCCUGUCAAAGGAGAUUUUGGUGCACUUGUGACAGAAGCUGAAACACAGAAAAACUCUGAAGAUAUCACAAAGAAAGCUCUACUUGAAGCUCAAAACCUCCUUGAAGCUCAAAACCUCUCUGCACAAACUUUAAGAAAUGGCAUUAAAACUGUACACUAUUUACCAAUUGAAGCAAAUGUGUCUUUUGAGAAACUCAGUAUUGAACAAUUUGGCAAGACAUUGGAAACCAGUUCUUAUAAACUCCCGACCAGCUCUGCAAACCAUAACAAUACCAUGAGCUCCGUCGCCACAAGCUUGACUUGCGAGCCUCUUAAGGAUGGAUAUAAUUAUUGUGUCUUCCAGAAACCUGGCUUUGACUCCAAGUCUGUUCCAGAUGGCACAAAUUUCAACUUAAAUAAUUGUAGUGGUGCACACAAGGCAAGUGAUCAACCAAAAUCUCUUGAUAAUGUACCCAUUAGAGAACCAAAAGAUAGGUCUCCAGUUCAACCAAGUCUUUUGUCCCUGAUUAAAGAUAGGAGCUUAACAUUUGAGCAAGUAGUAGCCAUACAAGCCUUGACCCAACUCUCAGAAGCUCCAUCAGAGUCUUCCUCACCAUCAAAGAUAGAGAAGAAUGAAGUAUCCCAGGAGACAACAGCUAGUUUGCUUAACAGCUGUAAAGCUAUUCUCUGUUCUGUAAGAAAAGACCUCCAAACCCCAAAUUCACAGGGGGAUUCUCAAAACCUGCAUCAUUCUCCAUCAUUGACAAAGCAAAGUUCAUGCAACAUGGUGGUCUUCAAUGGCCAAAAUACCAUUUCUAAAUCAACCAGUAAAUCACAGACAUAUCCAAAUGUAACAAAUUCAAGUUCUUCUUAUAUUGGUCAAGGUGGAAUUACUCAUGACAGUUAUUCCAAUAGUAAUUUGCAACAGCGUCAAUCAAGUAAUAAGCAGUUGAGUUAUUCUAUCCCAUCACUGGACAGUAAUAAAAUGUUGAACUCAAAUAAUGAUCAGUCAUAUCAGGAAAUUACUCAUAGUCAAAUAGAAGAGGAUGUUGCAACACAGCUAACACAACUUGCAUCAACUAUUAAUUUCAACUUUAUCCAUUCAGAGGACAAAACAGGUGAAAACAUACCAACAAGCCUUUCUGCAUAUGAUGCACAGCUGGGGGAUAAUCAAGAGGCGACCAUAAGACAACAGAAACCACAAAGAACUGUACAGGUUAAUCAUGACUCAACAUCAGCAAAACAAAAGAACAGAUCAGAUAAACAUACAAAAUCCACUCAGCCAAGAGAUCGUCGGAAAAUGAAGCCCGCAUUCAAAAGUAUUGAAAAUAUCCAGAAGAAGACGUUGGAGCAGUGGUCCCAAGAGUAUUCAAUAUUAGGUGACCUUUGGAUGUCAUCCCAUUUUCAAAAUUUUGGUACAUUUACUCAACGGUAUUUCCCUCUUCUCCUUGGAGAAAUGACCUCCUCAACCAAAGUACAGAAGUUAAGGACUCAAAUGAGUACCACAUUACAACACAAAACAGUUUUUCCUCCACGUGCUCAAAUAAAGUUCCAGAGUUGUUCUUCUGGAUUAUCACAGGAAAAUAUUACUGAAGUUAACCCAUUGAAUUCUUUAUCCCAAUUAAAAACAGAAUCCAAUGGGCAGGUGUUUACAGAUAAAGCUUACAAUUCUCAGGUACAGCCAACAGAGAAUGUCUAUGAGAAAGCUCAUCCCUUACCCCAGGCCUCCUCUCCAGGUACCCAAAGUGCUAACCUGAUGGCUGGUGGUGAUCAAACUCAGCUUCCACACAAUGGAAAAGAGCAAUGUGUGCAUCAGAGACUGUCGACAGUGCCUGUGAUCUCUUAUGAGGGAAGCCCACUGGAUCCAGCACAAAAUCUCAGGAAAGCAAAUGUAGAUGAUUCAGGUGGAAUUACAGAGGUUUCAACCAAAAGUGAAGAGAAUGACUGGUCAUCAUUAAUACCUCCACACCUCCUUCAUCCAAUAAUUUAUAGAAAUCCAAUCAAGAAUGCUCGUACUAACCCCAAGAAAAAACGAGGAUGUAGAAUAAAAAAUCCUGAGCCGCCAACCUGUAACUGUCCAGAUAAGAACAUUCCAUAUUACACACACCUUGGGGCAGGACCAAGUGUUGCUGCUAUCCGGGAAAUAAUGGAGAAUAGGUUUGGUCAAAAAGGAAAUGCAAUAAGGAUAGAAAAAGUAGAGUUGACGAAAGAGGACAAAGAGCACAAUAAGAUAUGCCCAGUUGCUAAGUGUGUUAUAAGAAGAAGCAGUGAAGAAGAAAAAGUUCUUUGCCUGGUCCGGGAUGCUCCAGGUCACCGUUGUGCUAAGUCUGUGAUUGUGGUGCUUAUCAUGUUGUGGGAAGGCAUCCCUCCACACAUUGCUGACAGUUUAUACUCGGUGCUCACUGAGAGUCUUAAGCUAUACAGCGGUCAUCCCACAGACCGAAGAUGUACCUUCAAUAAUGCGAGGACUUGUACAUGUCAGGGAACUGAUCCAGAGACUUGUGGAGUUUCAUUCUCUUUUGGCUGUUCAUGGAGUAUGUUUUAUAAUGGUUGCAAAUUCUCUAAAAGUGCCAAUCCCAGAAAAUUUCGAGUUGACCCCAGUUAUCCUUUACAUGAAAAAAAAAUUGAAGAGCAUUUGCAGUAUUUGGCUACACUAUUAGGUCCAAUUUAUAAGCAGUUUGCCCCAGAUGCUUACCAAAAUCAGGUGCAAAAUGAACAUCUUGCCCCUGAGUGUCGACUUGGCAACAAAGAGGGUCGUCCUUUCUCUGGGGUCACUUGUUGCCUGGACUUCUGUGCGCAUCCCCAUAAGGACAGUCAAAACAUGAGUAACGGAAGCACUGUGGUAUGUACUUUAACACGAGAAGAUAACCGCUCCAUGGGAGUUGUUCCCCAGGAUGAGCAGCUCCAUGUGCUCCCUUUUUAUAAACUUGCAGGCACAGAUGAGUAUGGCUCAAAGGAAGGAUUCGAAGCCAAGGUCAAAUCUGGGGCCAUUGAGUUCCUAACACCUUCCUGUCAAAAAAAACCUUGUUUUUCUGCUCCAAUUCCUCGUUGUGAGAUCAAUAAGAAGAAGGCAUCGAAGCGGGCAUCAAAGACGACUUCGGCUUGCUCACCCAAGAUACGAGCAGUGGAGAAGAGCGAAGCAACUAACAACUGUUCGCCGGCCUCUUCCGAGCAGCACACGGUUCAGCAGCCUCCGCCCAUGCCCUCUCCUCACCUUGCUCCUUGUGUCACAGAACAUGAGCAGCAUUCUGAAGCAGAUAAGUCUCCGUCAACUGCAAAAGCAAAGCCCCAUUUCGUAGAGGUUUUGGUAGACAAUGAGCCUAUUUUCUUAGAUGGAAAUAUAGGUGGAUUGGCAAUAGCACCCGGUCACGGCUCUAUUUUGAUUGAGUGUGCCCGCCUAGAGACUCAUGCUACAACAUCAGUCGCCAAUCCAAACCGGAAUCAUCCGACCCGCCUGUCCCUUGUCUUCUACCAGCACAAAAGCUUGACUCGGCGACAUCAUGGUUUCAUGUUCCACAAGAGUAAAAGGGAGGCUGAAGGAUCUAUGAAGGAGGCUUUGGCGCAUAAAGAUGAGGCAGCUAAGGAAGGCCCUGAACUACCCCCUGAAGACAAUGCAUCACACCAAAUUCCCUCUCGUAAGGCAUUAACAUUAACCCAUGAUAAUGUUGUCACAGUUUCCUCUUACGCUGUCACACAUGUUGCAGGACCCUAUAACCGUUGGGUCUGA